UAAUAAUAUCAAAGGAGCAUCAACUUUACCAUUAUUUCAAGUUUUGAAAAUUUGUUAUGAUCUUAUACCAUCAAUAUCAAUUAAAGAUCUUCAAGAAAUUAUAAAUGCUGGCAAAAAUAGUAAUAAGAACAAUGAUAUUAUUUAUAGCAGUGAUAUUGGUAGUAGUAGUAUUAUUGGCAAUGACAAUAACAAGGAAUUACUUUCAAAUGAAUUCAUAGUCAAAACACUUGAAACAUUAAAGAAACUUCAACCUUAUGAAAAGAAUUUGGCUAUAUAUAAAUCUUUUAUAAUGAAAUGUUUGGAAAUUGUACCAUCUGAAUCCAAAGUUAGUCUUUAUCUUUAUGAUAGAAUUCUCUCACAACCAUUUCCACUGAUGGAACCAAUUCCUUGUAAAUAUGAUUUAAUAUCUGUAUUAAUAUUUGAAAAAGUGUUAAUGAUCACUAGUGUUCCAUCAGGAUUAACAUUUUUUGUUGGCUCCUCAACUACUCCUU